AUGAACUUUAUUAUUUAUCGCCAAUUUAUUUUUCGAACACAUUUAUCAACAAAUGUUGUUAUUAAACGUCUAAAUCAUAUAAUAAAUCAUAAUUCAAUAAGUAAGAUUACUCCAUCGUCUCCUCACUCAGUUUUACUAAAUAGUUCAUCUUUGACCCGAUAUUUAUCAUCAAACAGGCAAACGGUAUUGAAAUAUCAAAUAUCAUUUGUUGUUAAACGUUGUUUAUCCAAUGAUAAGAAACAGAGUAAUGCUGAUUUUGAACAAUCAUUUAAAUCAUACGAUAAAAAAACUAAGAAUCAUCGUGCAAAUAUUGGAUAUUAUAUGAUGUCUAUGGCUGUUCUUAUGAUUGGUCUAACCUAUGCAUCUGUACCAUUGUAUAAAAUAUUUUGUGAAAGGACCGGUUUUGAUGGUAUUGUGAGAUCAAAUCAAGAUGCUGAAUUUAUAUCGAACAAUGUUCGAAAACUAAAAGAUCGUUUUAAAAAAGAAAAUCCUAUACUACGUAUUCAUUUUGAAUCAACACCAUCAUCCUUAUUACCAUGGACAUUUCGGCCAGAGCAAAGUGAAAUUUAUUUGCAACCAGGUGAAACAGCUUUAGCAUUUUAUCGUGCUAAAAAUGAAAGUAAUCGUCCUAUUAUUGGUAUAGCUACGUACAAUGUACAACCAUCACAAGCGGCAUUCUAUUUUAAUAAAAUACAAUGUUUUUGUUUUGAAGAACAACGUUUGGAAGCAGAUGAAGAAGUCGAUAUGCCUGUUUUCUUCUAUAUUGAUCCCGACUAUAUUCAAGAUCCUGGUUUACAAGGUCAACAUGACAUUACAUUAUCGUACACAUUUUUUGAAUCGAAAGGCACUGAACAUUUAGCAGCAAGUGCUUCAAAUUAUCAGAAACUAAUACCAUCACAAUCAUUACCUUAUUCACACAGAGAAAAAAGUGAUAUAUCACAAGUACCCGGCAGUACACUAGUUGGAAUAUCAUAA